AUGGAGAAGAAGCGCCGGGCACGCAUCAAUGUGUCGCUGGAACAACUCAAGUCCCUGCUGGAGAAACACUACUCCCACCAGAUCCGGAAACGCAAGCUGGAGAAGGCGGACAUACUGGAACUGAGCGUCAAGUACAUGAAAAGCCUUCAGCACGCAGUGCAAGGGCUCUGGCCGGUCCCCAGCGGAGCGGAACACCCGUCGGGCUUCCGCGGCUGCCUGCCCGGCCUGGGCCCGCUCCCGCGGCGCGGCGAGGACGGCGGCGGCGCGCGCUGGCCCCUGGCGCUCGGGCGCGCGGGCGGCAGCACCAUGGACAGCGCCGGCCCCGGCCGGGAGGCGGCCGCGCCGCGCGCCCCCAGCGCCCCGGCCGUCUGGGGUCCCGGCCCCGCUGCGGGCGGCUCCCGGCCCUCGCCCCCGCGGCUCCCCGGCGCGUCCACCCGCGUCCCGGCGCCCCCGCCGGCGUCGCCCCGCUGCGCCGAGAGCCCGCGGCCCGGGCUGCACGUGUGGCGGCCCUGGUGA